AUGGCAGACGCUGUACUCACCUCCCUCUGCGGCAUCUGCCAUAUCUGCGCUCCGAAAUACAAAUGCCCCCGCUGCAAUAUCGCGACUUGUUCACUGAAGUGCAUCACGACGCACAAGGCUUGGUCGCAAUGCAGCGGCGAACGUGACCAAACCGCCUAUGUCACCAAAUCGAAGUUGGCUACCGCUGCUGGCGUUGACCAUGACUACAAUUUCCUGCAUGGCAUCGAGAUGGCGUCCGAACGCGCGGAGCGGGUCUUGGUCGAAGACAAAGGCAUAAUACAAAAGGACGAAUUACGGCCGCUGACGAUGGAGGAGGUGAGGUGGAAGGUGGGCAGAGAUGGGAGGAAGAGAAAGGUUUUGGUGACGAGGGUCUUGAAACAAACCAAAGAGAGAUUGGUAGACAAGCUGCUUGCGAACAAACUUAAGAAGUUGAACACAGUAGUUGUGUCCGCACCCCAAGGCAUGACGAGGCAGAAGGAAAACCAGACCACGAUAAGCCGAAAGUCUGGUCGGGUCAAUUGGCAAGUGGAGUGGUUCAUAUUCGAGAAGAGCCUUACCGAUACGAACAAAACGGACAAGUCAAGACUUCUUUCAAAGCUUUCGGACGAUGUGCCGCUAUACGUGGGAUACAAUGCGCUACUGGAAAGCCAAUCGAAGUCAGAAGGCAAAGUGCAAAAGCGAUCCUUCAGGGGAGUUGCGCAGAAUCCCUCCACUGCGCAUUGGCACUUGGCGAGUGAUUCUCUCCAGGACCCUCAGACAGGCGGCUGGAUUUCGAUUCGAACGGCAUCAAUUGACGCGUGGCCUCGAGAACAAGACGAGUUGCAGCGACGACAGUUUCAAUUCUUCCUUGAGAGCGCCCAGAAGCGAUCGAGCCAGCUGGUCACCCUUACACCACUUCCCUCUGAGGACUGUCUUCGAAAUAUCCUUUCUAAUACCAAAGUUCUCGAAUUUCCGGCGAUAUAUGUCUUGCGCGAGGGGGAAGCUCUUCCGGCUGGGUUUGUUCUGGGUCCAAAAGAUACCGUCCCGUCCCUUGAAGAGCAACAACGGGGCGCAAAACGCAAAGGUGUUCCACAACAAGGAAAGGGUAUGAACCGACCUGCGAAACGGAGAAGACCAGGUGACGCGGAGGACAUCGAAGAGGGCGAACUUGGAGGCGAUGGAGGCGCGGAUGAAGCUGGCGACGUGAUUGCCGAGCAAAGCUUGAGCGAGGACGAAGAUGAUACCAGUGAUGACGAGUCUACCAGCAGCUCGGGAUCUGACAGUGACUAG